AUUCUUCAGGAAUUCCAAAAUACAUAGAUAAUAGUGGCAUAUUUUCUGACCAUUGUUACAGUGUCUGUUCCAUGAAACAGCUAGACACAAAAGUUCCUGAAAGCCGAGGUCGAUUUCAUAACACGACGUCUAGUAUAGAUACUGAGGAGGAUGGCAGCCCGGUGUAUGCUGGGACAUCUCAGUGGAGUGGGAUCCAGUCUAAUGUUCCAGGGACACAUUUGAUGGACCCUAAGAAAAAAGAUAAAAACAACAAUAACGGAGUUUUUAAAGAUUCGUGCGAGUCCCCCGUCUUCAGUGACAGUUUGACAGAAGAGGAGAAGCCUUUGGACAUUCAAACUGUAGAGAUCUCCACUACUGAAGUCCAAGCUGUUGAGGUCCAUGACAUUGAAACUCAGACCGUUUCCCCCGAGAAACUUGAAGCAGAAGAGGCAGAGGAAAUCCCAGUUGGAAGUUGCAAGGGGCUUGACAAAAAUCCUCCUUCGAACGCCGCCAUUCCGCCCAAAUGGCCCCUGCUACGAGCAAACAGCAGCGGUUUGUACAAAUGUGAACGCUGCACGUUUAACAGCAAGUAUUUCUCUGACCUGAAGCAGCACAUGGUUCUAAAGCAUAAAACCUGCCCCGAGGGCAACAUCUGUCGCGUGUGCAAGGAAACCUUCUCUUCCAAAAAAGUGCUCAUCGAACACUUGAAACUUCAUGACGAGGACCCCUACGUUUGCAAAUAUUGCGACUACAAAACUGUGAUGAUUGAAAACCUGAGCCAGCAUAUAGCGGACACGCAUUUCAGCGACCAUCUUUACUGGUGUGAGCAGUGUGAUGUUCAGUUCUCUUCCAGUAGCGAGUUAUACCUCCAUUUCCAGGAGCACAGCUGUGAUGAGCUCUACCUGUGCCAGUUCUGUGAGCACGAGACGAGCGACCCCGAAGACUUGCACAGCCAUGUGGUGAAUGAGCACGCGGGCCGGUUGAUAGAGCUGAGCGACAGCUACAACAGCAGGCAGCCCCAGGGCCAUUACAGCCUGGUCAGCAAGAUCAGCUUUGACAAGUGCAAGAACUUCUUUGUGUGUCAAGUGUGCGGCUUCCGCAGCAGGCUUCACACCAAUGUCAAUCGCCACGUGGCGAUAGAGCACACCAAAAUAUUCCCUCAUGUUUGCGAUGAAUGUGGGAAAGGCUUCUCAGGCAUGUUGGAAUAUUGCAAACACUUAAACGGCCACCUGACUGAAGGCAUUUAUUUGUGUCAAUAUUGCGAAUAUUCGACAGGACAGAUUGGAGACCUCAGAAGUCACUUGGACUUCAGGCAUUCAGCUGAACUGCCUCACAAGUGCACUGAUUGUUUGAUGAGGUUUGGUAACGAAAGAGACCUUUUGAGUCAUCUUCAGAUACACGAAACUGCUUGAUUGUGGUUGUGUGAAUUUUCUCGCCUGUCCUAGAAUAAUAGCAUUUCAGAGUUUCCAUCAGCAUAAAAAGCAGCUGAGCCUCUGGAUAGAGUAUUUCAUCAAAUGUUUAAUGCAUAAUAGAUAACAUGUACAGUUGUCUGAAAAUAGCAUUAAAUUCUAUGACAGAAAUAAACAUAACCAGCCAAAUGUG